CAGCGAAAGCGCGCGAAGUGACACUCAGAUCCUUUUUGGAGCCGGUGGAACAGAAGCGCCUGUCCUUCUUUUAGAAUUUAUAGAUCGCUGUAUUUACAAAAAAUUGUCUGACUGCAUCUCUGCGGCGAAGAAAAGCACAAAGCUAGGCCUCCCUUGUGUCGUAACAGGAAUUAAAUUUACCACUAUUCGAAGAACAAUGUUUGAGGCACGUCUCGUUCAAGGCUCAAUCCUUAAGAAGGUUCUGGAGGCUCUGAAAGACCUCAUCACCGAAGCCUGCUGGGAUGUCAGUUCAUCGGGCAUCUCUCUGCAGAGCAUGGACUCAUCUCAUGUGUCUCUGGUACAGCUCACACUCCGAAGCGAUGGCUUCGACUCUUACCGCUGCGACAGAAACCUCGCCAUGGGCGUCAACUUGAGCAGCAUGUCAAAGAUACUAAAGUGUGCUGGAAAUGAAGAUAUCAUCACACUUAGAGCAGAAGACAAUGCAGAUUCUCUUGCCCUCGUCUUUGAAACACUCAAUCAGGAGAAAGUUUCAGACUAUGAGAUGAAACUGAUGGACCUGGAUGUCGAGCAGCUUGGAAUACCAGAGCAGGAAUACAGCUGUGUGGUGAAGAUGCCAUCUGGUGAAUUUGCCCGAAUCUGCAGAGACCUGUCACAGAUUGGUGACGCUGUCAUGAUUUCCUGUGCCAAAGAUGGAGUGAAGUUCUCUGCCAGUGGAGAGCUGGGUACAGGCAACAUUAAGCUCUCACAGACCAGCAAUGUUGACAAGGAGGAUGAAGCGGUGACAAUUGAGAUGAACGAGCCAGUACAACUAAUUUUUGCAUUGAACUACCUGAACUUCUUCACCAAGGCCACUCCCCUGUCCAAGACAGUCACACUUAGCAUGUCCGCAGACAUUCCACUUGUGGUUGAGUACAAGAUUGCAGAUAUGGGACACGUCAAAUACUAUCUGGCACCCAAGAUUGAUGAAGAGUCAACUUAAAAACAAAUAGAAGGCUGAAUUCCAUGAGCUGCAGGGUUUCAUUCUGCAUAGUAGAAAUGGUUUGGAUUGAUGUUUUGGGAAAAUGCAGUUUACAUCUCCGUGUCUGCUGUGGUUGCCUCAAAUGGAUUCACAUUUCCGUGAUCAUCUAAGCCAUACCAUAAGGUUGGCAAAUAUAUGGGUGCACUUAAUGAUGGUUGUCUGGUCUUUACCAGAUGCUGUGGAUGAAUCUAUGGUGCCCAUGGCAGCAUGUACAGACUCUCCUUUUGUUCAGUCUAUUUUUCUCUCCAUCUUUGUGCUCCUCCCCUAUUGAUGUCAUUUAUUUCUUUUCUUGCCAACUGCUCAUUCCAAUAUGUAGAUAAUUUUCUGUAAAUAUGCUAAUAGGACAUUGUUCAUCAGUCAACCAUUAAUAAAACUUUUUGUAAUGAUUAUGUGCUGUUUUUCUCAUCACAAGGUAUUUAAUGAUGGAUAUUGAAAAUACCCUAAAAAGUUUUUAAAAAUUUUUUCUCCUGUGAUGUACUUUUUUUUUUUUGGUAAGAUAUAGAUUAGAAACUUGUCCAUGUAAGGUUUUAAAGAUGAAUUGUCAUUUUGUUUUGCCACUGGAAGGUGCAGAAAAGCUGUAAGUACUUCAGACCUUGUUUUUACUUGUAUCUUUUGUGAAAGUUUUAACAAGACUUAAUUGAUUGCUGCAACUUGUAAAAUUAAUACAGGAUCUACACAUUACAUUUUUUUUGCUGUGUAGCUACACUUAAUAGAAGGCAUAAUGCUUUCUGUUACUGAAAGCAUGCAAUAGAAAUUGAAUAAGCAGUGAAAACAAGUAGUAUGAAUAGGGUGUCACUGAAUUGUGUAGGGGUUAGGGGUCUAGAAGUUAAUAGUCUUAAUUAUAUUAAAAUCGCCGUCUAUUUUCAAUGGCAUCUCGUUUUCAAAGAUAUUGCUAAGAUGUCCAUUUGCAUGUCAAAUAUCAAUCCUUAGUAAGGCUAUACCAAGCGUCUUC